AUGCAGGGACAACACCACCUGCCACUCAGUAUCAACUUUGAUCUAAGCCGUAGUGUGAGCAAGAGCGAAGUCGGCCAAGACGGUGGCCACGAUCAUUACGACGAUGCGGUUACUAUUUCCAGUCCGAUUCUCAACAACGCGUUCCCGUUUUGCACCUCUACAUCUCCUGUUUGUCUUCAAUAAUGAACAUGCUCGACCAGACGAGAUUCAAAGGUAUCACUUCCAACACCGAUCAGGGUCCACCGCUGCCGCAGAGGAUGAUGUCGUUAUUGCCUUUAACACCGAACCUCUCGCUCCUGAACACUCAAUCGGGGGCUCUUCCGCAAGAAGGCGCGUCUCGGACUUUGGCAUCCCUCAGUACCACUCGUGACUUUCCUGAAACGAUUGCUCUGAGAAUUGAUGGUACGUCUUCAAAUGUCCAACCCAACAUCUGUACAUUACUCUGAACAUCGCUGAUAUCACGGUGUGGCGGGCUCCACUUGCUCAGUUUCGACCGUCGAUGCACGAUCUCCCUCCGGCCACUUAGUUGCUGGCGCGGCGGUGCGAAUGACGCCCUCUGUCCCCAUCAACUUCACAGCAGGAGCCUGUCGUUUUGUUUAUCUUCAGCAUGUGCUCGACGAGGUUGCUGACGAGCUCGGAAUUGCUCUGCAAGGUAUGCAGGACAAUCAUAGAGUGAUUCACCUAAUGAAUUGCCUGCACAUCGCUGACGAGCUCCUGCCAAUGCAAAUCUUCAGACGACUCCUGCUUUGAUUACUCCAUCGCCGAUCAGACCGAUGUCUCGUUUGCUCCGAGCCCGAUCUUCAUCUCCUCUCGAUACGUCAAGCUCGCGUCGUUCGCUGCCAGGGCCGAUUUCUCGGACCAAGUUCUUGAGUCGACCAGCUCCGCUCUCGACCUCGAAACGCUGCCAGCAGAAGCAUCACUGGUCUUUUCUGCUUUUGCUGCAAGAGUUUGACGCCGAGGACUCAAGCGCGCGCGACCUCUACCCUCCUUGCAGUAAGCCGUGCCCGCACGCCUGCCCCUCUUGCAAUAAGCCGUGCCCCGCACGCCUGCCCUUCCUGCAGUAAGCCGCGCCCCGCACGCCUGCCUCGAGCCUUGGUCUGUAAGCCGCACUUGCGCAAGAGUUUACCAAGCCCGCUCCUGCCGCACCUUUCAGUUCCCACUGCUUGCCGUUGCCGUACCAGUAUCGCUGUGUACCUCUGCCACCUCCUGCCAAGGUCAGUGGCCUUCCUUGAACUCUUCCUGCCGCCAUUUGGCUGACAGGUUCAGAGCUUCUCACAGGACCCCCCCAGCGAUACCGUACAGCUUCCGCCUUCCAGUCUUCUGCCUUACCAGUUGACGACGAACAGCUGCCACUGUGUACGCCUCUCUUUUUUUUUUCAACACUCCUUGUUGGAUGGUUGACUGACGCUCCAUACUUUGUAUGCAGCCGUCCGCCUGCACCUGCCAGUGCUGCGCCUCUUUCGUGUUCGACUGCGUCUCGCUCAAAGAGCCGAGGUACAUCACCCCCCUUCAGGCUCUACCUUAGGGUACUCCUGCUUUCGACUGUCCUUGUUGGACACGUUGACUGACUUGGCUACCUUGCUACACAGACCCACCCUCGACGUGCCAGCGUCCGAGGUCUGUUUUCCCUUUGCCUGCACCUGCCAGUGCUGCGCCUCUCUCCCGUUCGCCUGCGUCUCGCUCAAAGAGCCGAGGUACAUCACCCCCCUUCAGGCUCUACCUUAGGGUACUCCUGCUUUCGACUGUCCUUGUUGGACACGUUGACUGACUUGGCUACCUUGCUACACAGACCCACCCUCGACGUGCCAGCGUCUGAGGUCUGUUUCCUUUGCUGUCUUCUUGUCUCCAAGCGACACGCUUUACAAGCAUAGGUAUGCCAUAGUCCUCAGAGUCUUUGCAGUAUUCCGAGUACUAAUAGAAUCGCGCUUUACAAGCAUAGUCGUUCUAUCUUCGUCUCCUCCCACCCACCCUACAAAAUAAAUAAAUACAAAAACAGCCUUGUGUUCUUUCCUUUACUUUCUUAUCUAUGGUCUCUCGUGGGUAGAUUUUCAACCCAUCCCGUUUGUUACGGGAUGCCUGGUUCUUAUGCUGCAAAUCCGACUCCAUCCCAGCUUUACGAUGGAGUCGAUGUCAAUGAGGGUAUGCCUUUGUUUCCCUUCCGCAUCAAACAACGCUUGCAGAAUCAACUCGCCUACUGAAAAUGCUACCGCCUAAUCGCCACCUCAGAUCUACCAGCACCCUAAAGAUCGUCAUCAAUUUCUGCAUUGCACUUCCAUCCCCGCUCGCUCGCAAGCGGCACCUCUACAAGAUGAGGGCAGGACUGGAACACCCCCGCCUACAACCACUCUGGUCAGGACUCCUGAAACACACUGCAUCUUGGCGAGGCGGCAUCGGCAUCGAGCUUCUUUGCCAUAGCGCUACUACCGGUCAUCGCACACCCAUCCGCACGACCGACAACAUCCGAAUGACCCGGAAGAUGGAGACUACCCGGAAUUACCGAAGGACAACGAAGGACGAAUGAAGAUGACCGACCUCAUGCUCGAUGAGGGUUAG